AUGGAUUCAAAAGUCGUUCUGAAGGACAAAAAUCCCCAUGAUACAGCUAAUAUUUUCUCGAAAAUAUUUUUAUGGUGGUGUUUUGGUCUCUUUCGUAAAGGAUAUAAACAAGGCCUUACAAUUGAAGAUCUGUUUCAAGCGCGUGAUGGCGAUCACUCAGGGCGACUUGGCGAUCGCUUGGAAGAGGCGUGGCAAAAAGAACUUGAUAACGCUCGUCGCAAAGACUCAAAACCUUCACUUACGAAAGCUAUAUUAAGGUCCUUUUGGCUUGAAUACAUGAUAUGUGGGUUUUUCAUUGGCAUACUAUAUGUUGUUUUAUGGCCAUUAAUUCCUUUCACUCUGGCAUUAUUUAUUGGAUAUUUUUCCGAUGAAAAGACUCCAGAAAAUUACAGAAAUGCUCAUAUUAAUAACUUUCUUAUGAAUUUCUUAAGUAUUUCAACAUCCCUUAUGAUGAAUCAUCUACAAUUGACUCAAUAUUGUAUUGGAAUGAGAGUAAGAAUUGCUUGCUGCUCUUUACUGUAUAGAAAGAUAUUGAAACUCAAUUGUUCUGGUCUGGGUAAAACUGAGCCCGGACAGGUGAUAAAUUUAAUGUCAAAUGAUGUUAACCGCUUUGACACAGCAGCUCAAUUUUUGCACUAUUUAUGGGUUAUGCCGAUCGUGGUACCAGUAGUAUCGUAUCUCGUGUGGCAGCACGUUGGCCUGGCGACACUAGCAGCGCUCGCCGUUAUAUUUCUGCAGACUGUCGUUGUUCAAGCAUACUUAAGUAGCCUUCAAGGUAAAUUGAGAGGGAAAAUUGCUAAACGAACUGAUGAAAGAGUUAAAGUGAUGAGCGAACUCGUGAAUGGAGUCCAAGUCAUAAAGAUGUACGCUUGGGAGAAACCCUUUGAGAAAUUGGUGGAUAAACUGAGAAGAUUGGAAGUGAAAUACAUAUUGAAGACUUCUUUUAUUAAAGGAUUCUCGACUGCACUGAGUGUGUUCACGGAGCGUUUCAUCCUAUACGCAGCAGUCGUAACAUUUGUCCUGAUGGGCGGUAAUAUACGAGCCGAAAUAACUUUUUCUCUAGUGCAAUACUUUAAUCUUUUGCAGUUUACCUGCAAUAUAUGUUUCCCUCUGGGUCUAGUAUUUUUGGCGGAAUCCAGGGUUUCCGUGCGAAGAUUGGAGGAAUUCCUCUCGUUGGAUGAACUAAAAUCACAUAAAGCUAAGGAGCUUCAUCAUCUAAAUUAUAAAAACCUUAUUAAUGGCAUGGAUAAAGAAAAACAAUCGGAGAAGGACAAACCAAAUCCAACAGGGUUGACACUGACCAACAUUAGUGCCAGUUGGUCGCAGAACCCUAUUGUAGAGACUUUGAGAAAUAUAACGUUGAAUGUAAAACCCGGAGAGUUUGUAGGUGUCGCCGGACUUGUUGGAUCAGGAAAGUCAAGCCUAUUGCAACUGAUUCUGGGUGAGUUAGAACCAUCGCACGGGACCGUCUCUUUAGGCGGUGCGCGAAUAUCGUACGCCAGCCAGGAGCCGUGGCUGUUCGUUGCUACCGUGCGUCAGAAUAUUCUAUUUGGACUGCCCUACGAUCGCAUGCGUUACAAAAAGGUGGUAUCAGCAUGUGCAUUACUUCGUGAUUUUGAGUUGCUGCCGGCUGGCGACGCAACAUUGGUGGGUGAACGAGGCAUCAGUUUGAGCGGAGGGCAACGCGCCCGUAUUGGUCUAGCCCGAGCUUGCUACAGACAGGCAGAUCUAUAUCUUUUGGACGACCCGCUGUCGGCCGUGGACACGCGCGUGGGCAAACACCUAAUGUCUGAGUGCAUCACCGGCCUCCUACAGAACACCACACGCAUCCUAGUAACUCAUCAGCUACAUCAUCUUAAGGCAGCCGACAAUAUCAUAAUUCUACGUAACGGAGAAAUUGAAACUCAAGGCACCUUUAAAGAAGUAUCCGGCUCACCGUUAUUCAAAGAACUGCUAGAAGAAAAUGAACAAACUGAAGUUGAAGAUGAUGACACCGCGAAGGGGCGCACAACACUUAUCCGACAGCGGAGUACGUCCAUAAAGUCGCGCACCAGUGUUAAUAGUACGGUUACAGAAUAUGGGAAUGAAAAUGAGGAAGAACCCGAAGAAACCGCUGAGCUCAUGGAAAAAGGGCGCGUGUCCGGGUCCGUGUACGUGAAGUACUUCCGUGCGGGCGGCGGCUGGGCGAUGUUGGCUUUCACGCUCUUAUCCAUUUUACUGGCACAGGUUAUUACCUCCAUCAGCGACCUCUGGCUCACGCAUUGGAUGAACGACGUGGAUGCGAAAUACUUACGAUUCGAAGACAAGAAUUUCAUUACUAAUUACACCAGCACCAACGACGAGACAAACGUACUCAAGGAAACAACUGAAUCACUUAUCGUGGAUGAUACAACUUCACCGACGACAAUGGAUCCAAACCUUACCGUCAUAGGCACAAUGGUUAAAACAGCAAUAACUAUACAGAAUAUUACUGUAGGGGAGGAACCAUUUGAACAUUCUUAUUAUAUCUACAUUUGGACGAUCGCUAUACUUGGAUGCAUUUUGCUUACAAUUGAAAGAUCUUUGUUGUUUCUUUGGAUAUGCAUGCGCAGUUCUAUUAAGUUGCACAAUUUAAUGUUCAGUAACAUUCUUGCGGCCACAAUGCGCUUCUUUGACACUAACCCUUCAGGACGCAUUCUAAACAGAUUUUCCAAGGACAUGGGCACUGUUGAUGAGAUGCUACCGAGAAUGAUCUUGGACAGUUUGCAGGUGUUUAUGGUUAUGCUGGGAAUUUUGGUAAUGGUGGCUAUAGUGAACCCGUACAUGUUGCUUACGACUGCUGUCUGCGGUGUGUUCAUGUACAUGUGGACUAUGGUCUAUCUCAGCACAGCGCAAGCCAUUAAGAGGUAA